CCCAACCCUACCCACUCACCUUUCGCAUACUCACUGAUCAGCUACAACUCCGAGGACUCCACCAAUCUUCAUCUUGCCGGUUGCUCUCUCUCUCUCUCUUUUCGGUGUUUCUUUGGUUUUUGGCAAUGGCGGACGAGGUGGUUGUGCUGGAUACCUGGGCCAGCAUGUUUGGGAUGAGGGUGAGGAUCGCGCUGGCUGAGAAGGUGAUCAAGUACGAGUACAAGGAGCAGGACCUGAAGAACAAGAGCGAGCUGCUUCUCAAGAUGAACCCGGUUCACAAGAAGAUCCCGGUUCUCAUCCACAACGGCAAGCCGGUCUGUGAGUCCCUCAUCAUCGUUCAGUACAUUGACGAGGUGUGGAAGGACAGGUGUCCGUUGCUGCCCUCUGAUCCUUACCAGAGAGCUCAAGCCAGGUUCUGGGCUGAUUUCGUUGAUGCCAAGGUGUAUCCUGUUUCAAGGAGGAUAUGGGCCACUAAAGGAGAAGAACAAGAAGCAGCAAAGAAAGAGUACUUUGAAACCUACAAGAUAUUGGAGGGAGAGCUUGGUGGGAAGCCUUACUUUGGGGGAGAAACAUUUGGGUUUGUGGACAUUGCCCUCAUCACUUUCUACAGCUGGUUCUAUGCUUAUGAGACAUUCGGCAAUUUCAGCAUGGAGGCGGAGUGCCCCAAGAUUAUUGCAUGGGUUAAGAGGUGCCUGCAGAGAGAGAGUGUUGCCAAGACUCUUCCUGACCAGAAGAAGGUUUUAGACUUUGUUGUGGGCUUGAGGAAGAACCUUGGCUUGGAGUAGAAUAAUGGUUUGGCCCAAGUGUGGAAGUAGUAGCAUAUUAGCAUGGUUUUGGACCUUUGGCCGGUCGUGUUUUAUGCCCGUUUAGCUUUUGUUGGACACUUCGGUGUGUCUUUGUCUGCUGAGUACCAUAUGAUCAGAAGAACGUGUGUCGUGUUGUGUCACGCUUGUUAUCGUGAAUGUAUCUUUAAUAAGAAAUGACACUUUGUUGUGUCGACCAUGCUUUUGAACUAUAGCGAUGACUAUAUAUAUAUACUUUGUUGUCUUUCUUAGAAUGGAAUGUAUAUCAGUCUUUGGGUA